AGAAAAGCAUUUUGGCUUUCAAUAGUUGGUAGAUUAACUUUAAGUUUCAACUGUAUCAAAUUUAAAAGACUUGUUAAAAAAACGCAGGCCUAUUUACACACAGGUUUAUGAGAGUCCAACUUAAGGGCAAGCGCCCGUUAUUCGGGGCCGAUCUUCCCAAAACAGAGGAAAUGUCCGAUGUUUUAGACACGUUUCAGGUCAUAUCCGAACUCCCAUCAGACAACUUUGGAGCUUAUAUAAUCUCAAUGGCAACCAGCCCGUCUGAUGUGCUCGCGGUUGAACUUUUACAACACGAGUGUCAAGUCAAAAGCCCGUUAAGAGUCGUACCCUUGUUUGAAAAACUAGCUGAUCUUAAGGCUGCACCUGCUGUCAUGGCUUGCCUUUUUUCCAUAAACUGGUAUAAAAACCGAAUCAACGGUAAACAUGAGGUCAUGAUCGGGUACUUGGAUUCUGGAAAAGACGCGGGUCGGUUUUCCGCAGCUUGGCAGUUGUAUAAAGCACAGGAGGAAUUAAUGCUCACGGCUAAACAGUUCGGAGUAAAGCUCACGAUGUUUCAUGGGUGUGGUGGGACCGUUGGCCGAUUCGUCGAAUACUUCCGCCUGGCAACACCUGAGUUGGAAUACAGUCGCAUGAACAUCGGGAGUCGUCCUUCAAAACAAAAGCCGAGUGGUGGGAUUGAAUCACUUAGAGCGAUCCCGUGGAUAUUUUCAUGGACUCAAACAAGGUUUCAUCUUCCCACUUGGCUCGGUUUUGGAGCUGCAUUCAAGCAUGCUAUUGAAAAGGACUCGAAGAACCUUGAGAUGAUGAAAGAGAAGUUGUGGGUCGAUUCAAGCAUCAUGUUCAUCUUAUCAGACCUUCUGUAGCAAGCUGGUCUCUCGAUUCUCGAAUAAUCGUUUCGAUUACUGUUUUAUGAUUUUUAAAUCUAAUUUUGUUUGGCGAUUGACAUUCUAGGAUUCUAGCACUAAUUUGUUGUUGUUCUAAUACUCGAAUACAUAUACAGACAUACAGUAUUGUAAUUGUAUAGGAAGAAUAUGUUCA